GCAUUCUUCCAAACCAGUGCUGCCAAGUUUCUGUCAGUCACACUCACAAGCACCACAUAAAAAAAUUUCAUCUGGUAAAGGAAAAGUGAAAAAGAGAAAAUUAAGGGAGCUUUAACAAAGUGCAAGCCAAACCAAAAUUAGUUUUAACGCACGCCCAAACACUAAUUGCAGCAUCUCAAAAUAAACAGCAACACAAUGACGUGGGAACCGCAGGCAGAGGGACUGCAGCAGAUCAUUGCGAUCUUGAAGGAAUCUCAGUCACCCGACACAGCAACUCAAAUGGCAGUGCAAAUGAAAUUGGAGGAAUUCAAUCGCUAUCCAGACUUUAACAACUAUUUGAUCUAUGUGCUGACCAAAUUGAAAACAGAAGAUGAACCCACACGCUCCCUGAGUGGUCUGAUCCUCAAGAAUAACAUACGCAUGCACGGCAGCAAUUUGCAGCCGGAGAUUGUCGAGUAUAUUAAGCAUGAAUGCCUGCAAGCUGUCGGUGAUACAUCACCUUUAAUCCGUGCCACCGUCAGCAUCCUGAUCACCACAAUAGCCAGCAAUGGUGGCCUACAGAAUUGGCCACAAUUGUUGCCCUCACUAUGCGACAUGCUCGACAAUCAGGAUUAUAAUGUUUGCGAGGGUGCAUUUAGUGCACUGCAAAAGAUUUGCGAGGAUUCAGCGGAAAUCUUGGAUUCGGCAGCACUCAAUAGGCCAUUGAAUGUGAUGAUUCCAAAAUUCUUGCAAUACUUUAAACACAACAGUCCCAAGAUACGAUCCCAUGCCAUUGGUUGCAUCAAUCAGUUCAUUAUCAAUCGAUCCCAAGCAUUGAUGCUGCAUAUUGAUGCGUUUAUUGAGAGCCUGUUUAAUCUGUCGUCGGAUGAGGAUCAUGAGGUGCGCAAGAAUGUCUGUCAUGGUCUGGUUAUGCUGCUCGAGGUGCGCAUGGACAGAUUGAUGCCACACAUGUCACAGAUUAUUGAGUACAUGCUGCUGCGCACACAGGACUCUGACGAGGGCGUAGCCUUGGAGGCAUCUGAGUUUUGGUUGUCACUGGCGGAGCAAAGCAUCUGCAAGGAUGUGCUUGCUCCCUAUUUGAACCAGUUGGCGCCGGUGCUUGUGCGUGGCAUGAAAUAUUCGGAAAUUGAUAUUAUAUUGCUUAAGGGCAAUGUGGAGGAGGAUGACAUGGUGCCGGAUCGUGAGGAGGACAUACGUCCGCGUUUCCACAAGUCGCGCACACACACCAUUAAAAGUGGCGAGGGAGGUCAGGCGUCAGGAGGAGGCGGUGGUGGCGAGGAUGAUGAUGAUGAGUUCGAUGAUGGCCUGGACGAUGAUAGCUCGCUGUCUGAGUGGAAUUUGCGCAAGUGCAGCGCUGCUGCUCUCGAUGUCUUGGCCAAUGUAUUCCGUGAGGAUUGUCUGCCCAUUGUGCUGCCCAUACUGAAGGACACGCUGUUCCAUCAGGAGUGGGUGAUCAAGGAGAGCGGUGUGCUUGCAUUGGGCGCCAUUGCCGAGGGCUGCAUGGAGGGCAUGAUUCAGCAUCUGCCCGAAUUGAUACCCUAUCUAAUUGGCUGCUUGUCCGACAAGAAGGCUUUGGUGCGUUCCAUCACCUGUUGGACACUGUCACGUUAUGCCAACUGGGUGGUGAAUCAACCACAUGAUCAAUACUUGAAGCCACUGAUGGAGGAGCUGCUGAAGCGCAUCUUGGAUUCAAAUAAACGUGUACAGGAGGCUGCAUGCUCGGCAUUUGCCACGCUCGAGGAGGAAGCUUGCACAGAAUUGGUGCCCUAUUUGGAAUAUAUACUAAAGACACUUGUAUUCGCCUUUUCCAAGUAUCAGCAUAAGAAUCUAUUGAUCCUGUAUGAUGCCGUUGGCACAUUGGCCGACUCUGUGGGCCAUCAUUUGAAUAAGCCGCAAUAUAUUGAUAUACUGAUGCCGCCAUUAAUUGCCAAAUGGAAUUUGCUUAAAGACGAUGACAAGGAUCUGUUCCCAUUGCUCGAAUGCCUGUCCAGCAUUGCAACAGCUUUGCAAUCCGGCUUUCUACCCUAUUGUGAUCCGGUUUAUAGAAGAUGCAUAUCUCUAAUCGAGCAGACAAUCAAUCAGGAAAUGCUAUGCAAACAGAAUCACACAUUCGAACAUCCCGAUAAGGAGCGCAUGAUUGUUGCCUUGGAUCUGUUGUCCGGCCUGGCUGAAGGUCUGGAUCGGCACAUUGAGACCCUGGUGGCCAAUAGCAAUAUCAUGCAUCUGCUUUAUCAGUGCAUGCAGGAUGUGUUGCCUGAAGUGCGUCAAUCUUCGUUUGCAUUGUUGGGUGAUCUGACCAAGGCAUGCUUCCCACAUGUACAUCCAUUCAUGGCUGAAUUCUUUCCGAUAUUGGGUCAAAAUUUGAAUCCCGAUUUCAUUUCAGUCUGCAACAAUGCAACCUGGGCAAUUGGUGAAAUUUGCAUGAAAUUGGGUGAGGAAACCAAGCAGUACAUACACCUUGUACUAACCGAUCUCUUCAUCAUCAUCAAUCGACCGAAUACGCCAAAAACGCUGCUGGAGAAUACAGCAAUAACAAUCGGUCGUCUAGGUUAUGUGUGCCCAGUUGAAGUGGCUCCUUAUUUGCCCGAAUUUGUACGACAGUGGUGCACGUCGCUGCGUCACAUACGAGAUAAUGACGAAAAGGACUCGGCCUUUCGUGGCAUGUGCCACAUGAUCACGGUGAAUCCAGCUGGCGUGGUGCCCGAUUUCAUAUUCUUCUGCGAUGCAAUUGCCUCAUGGGUUAAUCCGCCACAGGAUCUGCAUCAGAUGAUACAAAAGAUAUUGCACGGCUUCAAGACACAAGUAGGUGAUGAGAAUUGGCGUCGAUUUGUUGAGCAAUUCCCGCCAACUCUGGCCGAACGUUUGGUUACCAUGUACCAGAUCUAAGUUGGAGUUGAACCAUAUACUACACAUAUAUAUACAGUAACAAUCCAACCAACCAACCAACCAAUCCACCCCAUAAUAAGCAACAACAUUAAAAACUAGACAAUUAUGUUCAAGUAUGCGAGUUAAGCGUGUCGUCGUCUUUAAAAAACAAACUUAGUGUAAGCACAGUAGCCAGACCGAUGUUAAACUAUAUUAUAUAUAUAUACUAUAUUUGCUGAUUCGAUGCACAUUCGAAUAAUUCUUAAAAAUUAAAUUUACAACAAUAUUUUGGAAAUUCAA